CAUCAAGAUCUCUGUCAUCGAGUAACAGACAUCUUUUCAUUGUCAAAAGGAUAUCGCUUUUUUCUGGAUGAUGGUUUUCUUAUUUUACUAUUUAGUAAUAAUCCAGGAAUGGUUUUUAAAUCUUCAGCAAAUGAUCAAGGAUGUAUAGCUGAGUAUAUUUACUUGCAGGAAAGUGCUAUCAUUCUUGCAAAGCUCUUGCUUCCUCAAGUAUUUGAGAAAAUGGCAAUGCAAGAACUGAGAGCUCUUGUUGCCGAAAGGUCAGAAAUGACGAUAUACAUUAGAAGAGAAACUAUAGAACUACCUCAACAUUCCAUUGGAUUUUUGUUAGAAGGAUUUAUAAAAACACAAGGUGUUGAGGAAGAACUGAUUACAUUGCCUGCGGCACUAUGGCCGUCGCAUGGGAAUUCAAGUUUCCAAAGUCCAGGUACAUCAGGUAUUAGGGCGGUCAGUUUCUCCCAUCAAGGAUCCUGGUAUCUCGUGGAGACUAGAGCUAGGGUUAUUAUUUUUUAUGUUGCUGCAUUUGAAGCCGACAGCGCUCUCCCAAGAUCAUCUACAUUGGUUCCUCAUUCGGUAGAUCACCCCCCCAGAACCCACAGUAGGCAACAUGGUGGUCUUAUGAGCUGGCCAAAACAUUUCUACAAGGCUAGGCAACAUGGACAGAGCCAUGAAGAAAAUAAUCGCCAAGCAAACAGUAUGUCUGGAAGAGCAAUGCAGCUGAGCGUCUAUGGCGGUAUGGUAGAUGUUCGCGUCCGAAAUCAAAGCUUCUUCAGAGCAAGCCAGCCGAAGACUGCACAUAGCCAGUCGUAUCCAAGGGUUCCUUUGAACCACAGUCGACCGCUUAUCUCAGUCAAAUCCGAAGGGGCUGCUACUGCAGGGAAGAGGCUUGAGGUGAGGAAGUUCAAUAGACCAGCUCCCCCACCUCAGAUGCAGGAUACAGACACGUUGGAAACUCAUGCGGACAAUUCCAGCGAUGAUGAAUACGGAGCCGAAGAAGUCAUCAUGAUAAUCCAUUCGCCCAGUCGACUUUCAUUUUGCCAGGCUUCUUGAAAGAGGAAAGGAAGUUCCUUUUCGACAUCGCAAUCGAUGUUUGUAAACAAUUGCUUCCAUUGUCUAGUGCAUGUAAAUUUUUGUGGCACCGACACUCCUCUUACGAAUGCUCGCAUUGUAAGAAAGAUCACAAUAAAUGAUAAAAAAAGAAAAGAAAAUUGAGGGAAUGAAGAAAUAAGACAUUCGAGGAGAAAUAAGGGGCAAAGCCAAAGCAUUGUUGUCUCUAUAGCUGUCCUUUUGUUAGUACUCUUGUUUCUU